GGUAGUUAGGCGUGGCUCGCACCCAGGACCCUAGUUAGAGUAAUGCGCUCAUAGCCCACUAUCGCUUCACCUCCAACCCCACCAACAGCAUUCAUUACCUACAUAAUCUCCACCACGCAGCACGCAGCACGAUGACGAACGCCGCAGACCUCGCAUCGGCCAUCGCGCAAGUCAGCCUUCUCACGACCGAGUCAGACAGCUGGAUCGACAGUCUACUCGAAGAGCGUCGGCCGCGGAAGCGAGUGAAGCCCACGGACGCCGACCAGAGAUCACAGCUGGAAGCGGAGUUCCUAGCGCCGUCGCAUACCUUCUCUACCGAAUGGCUGAAUAAACUACAGCAUCGAUGGGACGAAUCCCAGGAUUACAUGCCGCUCAUGGGCCUUGCCCCGACCAUGUCCCGCACCGUCAUACGCUUCACCCGUGAGGGUCUCGAGGGGAAGGUCACGGGCUACAAGGAGGUAACGGUGCCCGCGCAUUCCAUCACGGCAAAGAACUCGACGUCGCUACUGCGGAAGCCGGCGACGAAGGCCGACUUUGUGCGCGGCAAGGCGGGAUUCUUCCCGUUCAGUCCUGGCGGCGUGGAGGCGGGGAGUGCGAACGAGAGGGCCGAGGAGCUGGAACGACAUGAGGCGGCGAUGGAGGAGAGGAUUGGCCGCGAUGGGCUCCUAAGGGUCGCGCCGGGAAUGAGUCGUGGCUUGAAGUUCGAGGUCGAAAACGUGGACGAAGUGGAAGAGGACGUUGAUAGCGAGAAAUUCAACUUCGGAGAUGUACAACCCAAGAGGGCCAAGAAGGGAACUACGAAUCAAGUGGAGAAGUCGGAAGAGAAACCAUUGGCGGAGCUCGAUUCCAUCGAUGAUCUGCUGCCUGUGGAAUUCCCGAUGUUGGCACCCCGCGGCGACCUCUACCCAGCAGUAGUGAAGACUAGAAACAAGGAAUGGGCACAUAUGGUGGAUAUCAACCAAGAGCUCACAAACUUUCGCGAAUUGGUACCCAAUAUGGCUAAGGAAUGGCCGUUCGAAUUGGAUACCUUCCAGAAGGAAGCUGUGUACCACCUGGAGCAGGGAGAUUCGGUUUUUGUGGCUGCCCACACAUCUGCCGGUAAAACUGUCGUGGCCGAGUAUGCUAUCGCAUUAGCGGCCAAACAUAUGACUAAAGCUAUUUACACAUCACCUAUCAAGGCAUUGAGUAAUCAGAAGUUCCGAGACUUUCGGGGCGUCUUUGACGACGUGGGAAUCCUUACUGGAGAUGUGCAAAUUAACCCGGAGGCCAGUUGCCUGAUCAUGACCACAGAAAUUCUCCGGAGUAUGCUAUACAAGGGAGCUGACCUCAUCCGCGACGUGGAGUUCGUGAUCUUCGACGAAGUCCAUUACGUCAACGAUCUGGAGAGAGGAGUGGUUUGGGAGGAGGUCAUCAUUAUGCUUCCGGAGCACGUCAACCUAAUCUUGCUUUCCGCGACGGUGCCGAAUACUAAGGAGAUAUAUGUCAUCGCUACACCAAAGAGACCGGUUCCCCUUGAGCAUUAUCUCUGGGCUGGAAAACAGAUGUUCAAGAUUGUCAACGCCGAGAAACACGCACCAGGCGCAAUGCGGUCCGCAGCACAAGACAAGAACAUAUGGGUGCAUCUUGUCCAGCACCUCAAGAAGGAGAAUCUGCUACCAGGUGUCAUUUUUGUGUUUUCAAAGAAGCGAUGUGAGGAGAAUGCCGACGCUCUUAGCAAUAUCGACUACUGCAACCAGACAGAGAAGAGCGCCAUUCACAUGAUCAUCGAGAAGAGCAUCGCCCGUCUGAAACCGGAGGAUAGGCAGUUGCCGCAGAUCCGACGUAUGCGGGAGCUUCUGAGCAGAGGAUUAGCCGUCCAUCACGGAGGACUGCUGCCUAUCGUAAAGGAGGUCGUGGAGAUCCUAUUUGCGAAGACUUUGGUGAAAGUUUUGUUUGCAACGGAAACAUUUGCUAUGGGCCUAAACUUGCCAACUAGGACAGUUGUUUUCUCGGGAACCAGGAAGCAUGAUGGCAGAUCGUUCCGUGAUCUUUUGCCUGGAGAAUAUAUUCAGAUGGCUGGUCGUGCUGGUCGAAGAGGUAUCGACACAGCCGGAACAGUUAUCAUCGUAUCCCGAGAUGAUGAGCCACCUCCAUACCCCAGUUUGAAGCAGAUGAUCCUCGGUGACCCCACGAAAUUGCAGAGUCAGUUCCGCCUCACCUACACCAUGAUUUUGAACCUUCUCCGUGUGGAGGCGCUCAAGAUCGAGGAGAUGAUCAAGAGAAGUUUCAGCGAAAACACCACGCAGAUGCUCCUGCCGGAACACGAACGCAAGGUGCAGAUAUCUGAAGCCGAUCUGAAGAAGCUGAAGCGCGAGGAAUGUGAUAUCUGCGAUGUCGACUUGAAUGCUUGCCAUGGCGCGGCGAUGCUGGUUAGUCAGUAUAACGCGGAGAUGACUAUCAAGGGAUAUGGUCUGGCUCGUCGGCAGAAGCUAUUCACCGCUGGACGAUUGGUGGUGCUCCAGGAAGAUGCUGGUACUAGAACGGUGGGAGUACUCACUGCCGAAGGCAUUCACACCGGGCCACAGCCUUUACUGCGGGUUUUGAUGCUGAAGCCUGCGAGUGAUCAGAAGCAACCUGCCGACCUGAUCCCAUUCGUGCUGCACGAAUCACUCAAGAUCCCCGCAUUGGUCACCAAGGACUGGCAAAUCAGAGGCACAUUGGUUCCCGUCACGGCCAUUGAGUGCGUCACCAAGACUCAAGUGAAAUUUGACGUCGUGGCAGCCAUCAGAGGAGAAGCCUUGAUCCUGCAGACGGCAAAGGAAGAGCUCUCCGCCCUUACAGAGGACUGGAGCAGGCCAGAAUGGAAAGAACUUGAUUGGACCAAGAUUAAGGAUCUCCCAUUCCUUGAGAUAUACGAAGCCAGGAAGCAGCAGAUUCGGAAGGCGGAGGAUAGCACUUGCAUCGAUUGUCCUAACUUUGCUCGCCACUUUGCUAUGCGCCAUGAAGAGUAUAUCCUGCACGAGAACAUUGCGCAGCUGAAGCAACUCAUUUCGGACCAGAAUCUGCAGCUGUUGCCCGACUACGAGCAGAGAGUCACCGUCCUCAAGGAACUGAAGUUUAUAGACGAGAACGACAGCGUGCAGCUAAAGGGCCGAGUCGCUUGCGAGGUCAACUCCGCCAACGAACUAGUCCUCACGGAGCUAAUCCUCGAAAACGUGCUCGCCGAAUACGAGCCCGAGGAGAUCGUGGCGCUGCUCUCAUGCUUCGUGUUCCAAGAAAAAACCGACGUGGUGCCUAACAUCACGCAGCGGCUCGAAAAGGGCAAAGCGACGAUCCUGGCGGUAGCGCAGCGGAUCAACGCGGUGCAGACGGACCACCAAGUGAUCCUAUCGAAGGAAAACGACGACUUCGAGAGCCGCCCGCGCUUCGGGCUCAUGGAGGUAGUCUACGAGUGGGCCAAGGGCAUGUCAUUCAGCCAGAUCACGGAUCUGACCGAUGUCCUCGAGGGAACGAUCGUGCGUGUCAUCACGAGGCUUGAUGAGACUUGCAGAGAGGUCAAGAGCGCCGCCAGGAUCAUUGGUGAUCCGAGCCUCUUUGAGAAAAUGCAGAUAUGUCAGGAGCUCAUCAAGAGGGAUGUCUGCCAUUGCGCCAGUUUGUACUUGACGGAUCACAUUGUGAUCCCUUCCGGCCAGUUCAAGUCUCACAACACGCAAAACAUCAUGGACAGCCAAUGA